AGUAUCGGAUCCGUCUAUCGAUUUCCAACUUAUAUAUUUUUCGGGGAUCCCCCAAAAAUGUAGUGCGAUGGCAGUAGUUCAUAUAUCAGUUUAGAGUAUAAUUUUCAAAAUUUAAUAGUCAUCAGAAUCAGCGUCCCAUCAGAUGGAUGGCUCCCAGAUACUCCUGCUCCUUCUGCUCUGCGCCAUGGGUCGGGGGGUUCGAAGUGAUUGUCAGAUUGCGCAGUAUAUGGUGGAGGGAACGAAUCGGAUAUUCACCUAUCGCGAUGACAGUGGAGCCUUUCGAUUGCAGCGAACGGAAAUCGUUCCUGCCGGAGUGACUCUUUGCAUGUUCUGCACUGUCACGGACUGGGUGGAGACUCAGUGCCAGGACAAUGGACAGUUCAGUGUCGCUAUGCCCAUGACAUGCAACGAACCGAUGAGGCCAACAGUCACGCGUAUCAGGGACAACGAGUGUUCUGGGACCAUGUAUGCUGUGGGAUAUACGAUCGAGGGACAACAGCUGGAGCUCUAUCGGACGUGCUUUGAUGCCAGCAACGCACGGGUCUUGUACUCGCAGAGCGAUGUAUACUACAAGUCCUUCUUUCCCAGACGACCGUGGGUAGAGUUUGUGGCCGAUGAGUUGUUCAGCCCCAGAGAGGCGACUGCCUACUUAAAAUCCAACAUCUACCACGCCUUUAACUACAUCUACGGGGACGGGCAGACCUACUUGACCAGUGCUCGGUCCCUAGUGAUCAAUCGUGGGCAUCUGGUAGCGUCGGCGGACUUCCUCUUUGUGGAUCAGAUGAGCAGCACUUUCCGAUACCUGAACGUUGUGCCCCAGUUCAAGUCAAUCAACGAUGGCAACUGGGAGAAGAUCGAGCGUUGGGUGCGCAGCAUAAUCCCCCAAUCGACACCGUUCCGGGUCAAGACUGGUGGCAUCGGAAUACUCAUGCUGGCAGACACGAGGGGAGUGUUCCAGCAGGCCUACCUUGCUGGCUCGAAGAUACCAGUCCCCGAGUGGACCUACAAGGUUGUGCGAGAAGUCGGUGGCAGAGGGCUCUACGUUUUCCUCACCUACAACUGUACGUUCCAGCGAGAGAGGCCGCAGGUCCUGAAUAUUUGCAGCCCCGUCAGCUGCCCUUUGAGCCUGCCAAAUACGCCCCACGAUGGAUUCACCUUCUGCUGUGAUCCGAAGCAAUUUCCCCUCUAAUCAUAAAUAUUUCAUUAGCCUGGGUAUUUGGGCGGGCCUUACGAAAUUAUCCUACGCAAUAAUCGUCGCCUGAAUAAUUUAAUAUUUUGUAUUUAAUGCCUGGAAAUAGUAUAAGUUUCAAAACAGCAAUCACUGCACGAAAAUUGUGGUACAGUUUACAAAUGAAUCAACAUAUACUAUUUCUAUUAAGAGUCAAGACAUGGGCAGGA